ACGCACUGCGACUACGACCGGGAGUGUGUGUGGCUCGCAUCUCGCUGCUCGCCCAGGUCCUCGAGGGAUUGCUUGGGAGGCUCACGCAAUCAUCGUCCACGUACCACUCCCGCUGCACUUACUGACCACCACGCAUCCAAACUCAUCCUCACUGUCGCCUCCUCCUCCUCUCUCUUCCCCUACUACUACAAUACACUGCACCUUGCUUUUUAGACCGUGUCGAUAUUUCUCGAUCCCCUUUUGCACCGUCCUCUAUCCUCGCCCUGGCAUUGUUGUGAAUGGGCUAUACCUGGAACUCCAUUUGCCUUUCCGAUUGUGGCGAGGCAACUCGACUCGGGCUGUGCUCCGGCGACUGCGCCAGUUUUGUCACAGGCACUGGUAUCAGAUUGAUUUGAUCAAAUCAGAUUGACCCUCACACCUCUCUCCUGCUCGGUCCCUUGAGUCUUCGUCCUCGGGCCUCUCUCCUCUCCUCCCUCUCCUCUUCACCUUCUCGUCGGCCCAUUGACUGCAACAUCGAUUCCGCUCUGCAGCCAUGGCGGGGAACGCGCGGCCGCGCAUCCUCGACGAUGAGUUCGACUUCAAUGCCGCCGACCUCUCCAAACAAUUCGAGCAGUUGCUGCGCACGAGGAGGUUAAACGAACUCGAGGAGCAAGCCAGAACUCCUCGUUCUGCGUCUCCCCAUCUCGCACCUCCUGCUUCAUCGCACACCGCACACCACCCGAACUCCGCACCUGCGUCCGUCGCUCCCAGUUCUCGCUCUUCGCAACACCAACCGCCCACCUACACCUCUUUUCGCAGCUAUCCUAUCGUCCCUUCUCCUCCGCAAGAUGGUCCGUCGCUCAAGUUCAGAAAUCUGCUCCUGACCUUGUCUAUGACCCCCGUCAAGUAUGAAAACCCCGGUCUCCUGGACGAAGCAUUAACCCACGUCCCAAUUGAUCGAAUUUAUGUCGAGGCGGAAGAGGAACAUAAUCUGCUGAAAGCUCUGGCUGCCUCCAAAGGUGACAAUGUCAAACCAGAAUGGGGCUACCAGGACUGUGUCAUCAGGUCGCUUCUCAGGUGGUUUAAGCGAUCAUUUUUCUCAUUCGUGAAUAAUCCUCCUUGUUCCAGAUGCCAUGGUGCCACCGUCGCGCGAGGUCAGACGCCCACCACACCUGACGAAGUGGCCCGCGGAGCCACAAGGACCGAACUCUACCAGUGCACAAAUCCUGGUUGCCAGGCCUUUGAACGGUUUCCCCGGUACUCGGAGGUCUGGACCUUGCUCGAGACUCGGAGAGGUCGCGCAGGAGAGUUCGCCAACUGUUUCAGCAUGUUGUGCCGUGCUGCGGGCGCCCGAGUACGGUGGGUGUGGAACAGUGAAGAUCACGUAUGGACCGAGGUGUAUAGCGAGCAUCAACGGAGGUGGAUCCACGUCGACCCCUGUGAGGAAAUGUGGGAUAACCCGAGGGUAUAUACUGAAGGCUGGAAUCGCAAGAUUGCCUACUGUAUCGCCUUUUCCAACGACGGAGCUACCGAUGUCACCCGUCGAUAUGUCCGCAAUUCUCGCUACCACCUCCCCCGAACCCGCUGUCCUGAAGAGGUGUUGCUUUGGAUCAUGCAUGAGAUACGCAAAAUUCGACGAGAGAAUAUGGACAAACACGUAAGGAAUCAGUUGAUGCGCGAAGACGAAAGAGAAGAGCGGGAGCUUCGCAGCUAUGUGGCCCAAUCCUUGGCUAGUGACAUGAUCAGCUCGAUGCCUGGUCCCGUCAAUGCUGAGCGGCCUGACGAAGUGAAGCAUCCCGUCGACACUCAACAAGAGGUUCAGUGGUCCCAGCAACAGAUGGAUCAGUCGGGCCAGCGGUAACACCGGCGACCCGUGUCGUUCGAAAGGGCAUCGCUGCCCUUCUACAAUUUCCUUUGUCAUCCCUCUGCACGAUAACGUCGUUAUGCUCGAUCUGAUGAUACCACUUUUACAUUAUCCGAGGAUACUUACAGUGUCCAUACGCAUGCACGGUUCGAGGCGCUUUGGCGAGUCAAUACUGCAUUUUACGUGGCCCAAAUGACUACCAAGGGGGGAGGCUCUACAUUUUCAGGUCUCAUGGUUGGGCGGGGUUGCAUUUUGUUACAUCUACGAUCUACAGUCAAGAGGCAUUGCUCCUUCAUGGUGCAUUGGAGUUCGACGGUGUCACGUGCUAUGUGAACGAGAGUUAUGGGAAGCAUAUGCGUGUUUGGGUGGGAUUUGCAUUGCACGGCUGAGCAUGUUCUUUGAAGCAGCUGGGAAAUAUCUAGCCCGCGCGCCACCACAGGAUUGGAAAAUAUGUUCUGGAGCGGUCGAUUCGAUCAGAAGGAGACAGCCCGGCGAAAGCGAAAAUAGGAGUGUUGUUCCACGGGUCUAAUUGGCCAUGUGUAGAGAAGACAAAGACUCAAUACAGACUUGCACUGUCCGCCCGCGAGAAAGAUCUCCCUUCCUUGCCUGUCCGUAUCUUCCUUUGUCUCCUUCG